UCUCUUCUGGCCCGGUGAUUCAUCAAGUCCAUCGAGUUCUUGGCCGUCCGAGUGGUUCCCGUUCUUUUGGCCGCGAAGAAAGUUGUCUUCGAACAUGUUAAUUGUGACGCGACUGUGCGAGGGGCCGUGGGCAUUUGUAGCAGUCGAUUUCUUUUAACGGUCUUAGCUUGGCCAAACGAAAGCACUUUUCGUUCGAGCCGAUAAUCCGAUACGUCGAGAUAUUUGUCAAAGGCCCUCUUGUGUUUUUUGUUUUCGAGUACAGCCCAUUAAGAACGUUUAAAGUGUUCCCGUAAAAUAGCUUACUUCUUACGAAAGGUCGUCGGAAUCAACUUAGACUUAGAGUAAACUUAAAGAGAAAAGGGCCGCAGAUAUGUUUCCAGAUAAGCAGACGGCGCUCCUGCUGGUGACCGCGAUCACCGCCCUCAAAUUGGAGGAAGCCGAUUCCUUCAGGCGCAACUUUGAUGCGCGCCAAAGCAGCAAUUCGAACAUUCCACUCUGGAAACAGCGAGCCUGCGAGAAGUCGCAGAAACAGAAGCAAAACGCACAUUACGUGUGCGAUGAGAAGGGCGACUUUAAGUGUCUUCCGGGAUGGCAGGGUGAUCUCUGCCAGGUGCCCAUGUGCCGGAGGGGCUGCGACCCCAUGAAUGGUUACUGCCAGCGACCCGGAGAAUGCAGGUGCCGCAUCGGAUACAGUGGCGAGAUGUGCGACAAGUGCAUCCCACUGCCCGGCUGCCAACACGGAGGAUGCACCAAGCCCUUCGAGUGCAUCUGCAAGCCCGGCUGGGCCGGACUCUUCUGCACGGAACCCAGUUGCCGGAGCGGAUGCCACAGCACCCGGGGAUAUUGCGAGGCACCCGGCGAGUGCCGCUGCCGGAUUGGCUACGCCGGACGCACCUGCUCCGAGUGCGCCACGAUGCCGGGCUGCCAGCACGGAACCUGCAACAAGCCGCUCGAGUGCCUCUGCCUGCCCGGCUACACAGGACUCCUCUGCCAGACGCCACUGUGCGACCCCGACUGCAGCAAACAGCACGGAUACUGCCGCAAACCUGGCGAGUGCCGCUGCAAAGUGGGCUGGACGGGCAGCCAGUGCGACAAGUGUUUUCCGUACCCGGGAUGUGCCAACGGGGAUUGCGAGGCGCCGUGGGAGUGCAACUGCCAUCCCGGCUGGGGCGGGAUGCUGUGCGAUGAGAAACUCACCUACUGCGUGGAGCAUCCGGACACGUGCGAGAACGAGGGCAAGUGCAUGUCGCUGAGCCGCGAGGAUGGCAGCUAUCGCUGCCAGUGCCGGCAGGGAUUUCUGGGCAAGAACUGCGAGAUACGCGAUGACUUUCUGCUGACCUCGGUGGCGCCACCGCGCAUCACACCGCCAACGCCCUCUGAUUUGGAGCUGGAACUGGACCAGGACCAGGACCAGGACCAGGAAACAGGUGGGCCCUCGCCUGAUGUCAACACGAUAAGCGGGGGUGGGGGCGGUGCCGGUGGACAGGUGGAAAAGUUGCCGGCGGGUAACGAGCCGGAGCGACGGACAAAUGACACCGCAGGAGCCAUGGCUCCACGACCCACUAACGACAACACCAACAUCAACACCACCGCCACAAGGACGACAGUGGUGGCAACUGGAGCUGGCAGCCACAAUGCGACUAAUGAAGCGUUAAGCGCCGUAACAACGAGGCGUGCCACCCCAGUAACAACAACACCACCCCUACCAGCAACAUCCGGGGAAAAAGCCGUAAAGGGCGAUGCAACAAGUGUGGCGGCUGCGACAGGACCUCUGCCACGCCCCCCUCCCAUCAGCCCCACACAGCUCACUAGCCAGCAGCAGGCAAUGGCAACUUUGGGGCCAGCUGCAACAGCAACAGCUACAGUAGCAGCAUCCGUGACCAGCCACAAGGACAAGCCAAAUGCGGAGGACGAGGAGGAGGAUGAAGAUGACGAGGAUGACGAUGAGGACGAGGAUGGCGAAUACGACGAGGAGGAGGACGAAGACGAGGACGAUGAGGAGGAUGACAGCGAUCAACUCAUACCAAAUAUUAUAUAGUUAAGGAGCUGACAAAUGGCUAUUAAUUCUAUUACUUAUAUCCGGUGCUCAUGUAAGGAUUACAUUAAAGAUUCAGAUCUGAUUUUGGAAUGAGCCACCAGGCUCCAUUCUUCUAAUCAUUUAAACAAAAAGGGCAACCUAAGUUUUCAUAAAAGGUAUAGAAAUAUGGUGACAACAUGUCUUUACACAGAUUGAAGUAGGUCACAAAUGCAAUCCAAUGAGUACCGAGUAUCUCACAACUUACCUUACUUGUUUUUUUUUCAUAUUUUUUAAUUGAUGGGCCCCCCAAUUAACAAGCCCAACUUUUGCGAUAGAUAUACAUAUAUAAAUUGUAUUUAUUUAUGAUAAUUUUAGGGAUUAAACUAAGCAAUUUUCGAUUUAACAAAUGUCAAAAAAAAAUGAUAAUAAUAAAGUUUGCUAAUCUUAAGUGCUA